AUGUCGUCACUACCCUCAAGCGCCUCCACAGGCAAGGAAUCCGGCCUGCGCGUGCCCAGCAAUGGCAAGACCAUCUACCACCGCCCGAUCAAUCGCACCAAGACGUCGGAGCUGAGCCAAGCCAGCUUUGCCUUUCUGUUCUCCGAAAUGGUUGCAUAUGCGCAGAAGCGCGUAAAGGGCAUCCAGGAGCUCGAGCACAAGCUCAAUGUUCAGGGCCACUCCAUCGGCAUCAAGCUUCUCGACCUUCUCCUCUACCGCGAACCCGCGCGCACGCAGCUACGACCCCAGAACAUUGUUGCUCUCCUCCACUUCAUCAAGCAGAACGUAUGGCUGCACCUGUUUGGCAGGCAAGCCGACAGGUUGGAAAAGUCGACAGACGCCGAAAAGCCCGACGAGUACAUGAUUAUCGACAACGAACCGCUCGUCAACCAGUACAUUAGCGUGCCGCGGGAGAUGAGCCAGCUGAACUGCGCAGCCUUCGUAGCGGGAGUGGUGGAAGGAGUCUGUGAUGGAGCGGAUUUCCCUGCACGGGUCACGGCGCACACGGUUGGAGAGGGCGAGAUGUGGCCAGGAAAGACUGUGUUCUUGGUCAAAUUCAGAAGCGAGGUGGUGGAAAGGGAGGCUUUCUUAGCAAAGAGCUAA